GUGAUGUGACAGGUGACAGAAUAUUUGACAAUCCGGUAAACAUACGAAUUUUUGAAGAGCACAGGAGCACUUUCUAGAAUUUUUUUUUUCUGUUCGGUUUAUUAUCAGUAAGCAUACUUAUUAGAUAUUAUUUCUUUAAAAAAAGUAAGUGUAAAAUAGUCUAGACCCAAGAGGCCGCAGUGUUCUGGACUAAAUAUAACCCUAAACUCAGAUAUUUUUAUUAAUAUGAAUUUCUAGGAAAUUAACAUUUAAACAAGAAAUGGGAAAUAGCGUAAUUGGUAAUAACAAUCACUGUAGAGAUAAAAUGGCAAAACAAUACACAUCUGUUGAUAAAUUUGAGUUCCAUGGUCUACUGGAAGAACAGGAUUUAAACAAUGGUUUAAUUUUUAAUGGCACCUUUAUUCCUGAUGAAAUUUUAACUCAAAUUUUAAGUUUUAUACCUUCUAAACGGUUAUUACCUUUAACAUUAGUUUGUAAAAAAUGGUGCAAUAUUAUAAAAUCUGAAAUCUUCUGGAUGGAAAUUUAUAAUUAUGAUCAUCCUAACAAAGCCAAACUUUUGCCUUGGUAUGUUUACUACCUUUACUAUACAACAGCUAAUUUUAGUAAUUUACUAAAGAACGGAAAUGGACAAGAACAAUUUGCUCAUUGGGUGAUAUUGAAAAAUUUAGGUGAUCAAUUCAAAAUAGAAGAUCCACCUUGUGGAACGAUACCUCUGCCUGAAGGUGUUUCAGAUUUUAAUGGUCAUACAUGUUGCUUUGCUACAUCAUAUUAUGAAUGUACCAAAAUUCAGGAAAUAAAUUUAGAGAAAAAAAGGCUUCUCAGAUACAUUAUGAAUAAAUAUAAACCACAAAUUAUCGCUUCUGAAUGGACAUCUCCUAGAUUUGACUGUGGUUCAAAAUAUACACUAACAUUCAAGGGAUUCGGGGAAGACUAUGUACCAACAAAAUACACUGAUGAAUAUAUGUAUCAAGACAAUGUCUUAUUUCAAGAAAGUAAAUCUGUUAUUUUUCAACAGUGGACAGAUAAAGCGUGGGAAAAAGUAGAAAUAGUGUUAGAAAAUUAUCCUGAUAAUGUGAAGAUGUUAGUUUUUGAACAUGAAGGCAAUGACACUCAGUUUUGGAAAGGGCACUAUGGAAGUAAAAUGGCAGGAGGUGUUGUAAGAUUUGUGUUUGACAGUAUACAACCUGAGAAAAAGACAAAUUAGUGUUGAAAAGAGUUUUAUUAUAAAACCUUCCAUGAUAUUUUCAAAUAUACAUAAAUAGAAUAAAGGAAUGAGGUGGGACACACUUAAUUUUUUGAAAUUAUUAUAAAAUAUUUGUGUUCAACAAAUUAAAAAAAAAAUCUGAUGUGUCCAACAUAUGACUUUCCUGUCUAGUUAUUACAGGUUUUUUUUUUUUUUUUGUUAUUUUGUAUAACUUAUUGUAUCACCCCUGUAAAUGUCUUACUUGAAACAUUUUUUAUAAAUCGUUGGUAUACAAGAGAAUGUGACUGUCCAAAAUUUUACAUUUUUUAGUUUGUAAUGCCCAUGUAUCUCAAAUUCAAUAUUAUUUAUUAGGAAAAAAUGAACAACUUGAAAAAUGCUUAUAGUGGGUUGGCUCAGUGCUUAGAGUCAUGACUCUGAGAUCGGAAGGUCUUAGGAUCGAAUCCCACCGGAGGCAGGAAUUUUUAUUUAAUUAAAAAUAAAAAAAAUAAAUAUUAAUUCUAAUGCAUAGGUAGGAUUCCCCACUCGACCAUUCACUGUUGGGUUCUAAUUAACAGUGCUGUUAUUAAAGUGGCGCUGGGAAACAGUAACAAGGCCUACACAGAACACGAGGCUAAUGGCCGUAGUAGUCGACGCCGAUGACACCAAAUUAAAAAAAAAAAAAAUUUAAACUUCCAUAAUGAGCAAAUAAUUGAUUUGAUUUUAUAAUCAUAAGCAAAUCAUUAAAAUACUAAUAACUCAAAACUACUUUCGGUGGGCUUGGUCACCUUCUUUUGUAUACCGACGAUAUAUUCAUUACCAACGAAAACACCGGUUAAUUAAUUAAUUUUUACCUUUCCUCAAAUUUUUCUAUUACGGUCCAUUUUGGGAAAAAUCAUGUAUAAAACAAAAAUUCCAAGAAUUAUAUCGCAAUCAACUUUUAUUGGAAAAAUUUUCUUAAAAUGUCAAAUUUCUCGAAUACGAACAAUUAAAGGAAAAUUAUGUAUAGGACAAAAAUUAUAGAAUAAGAUUACAAGCAACUUUUAUUAAAAUAAUUUUCUUCUUCAAGUGUAAAUAAUUGAUGUAGCCCCCAAUGUUCCGACUAAUCUAAUCAGUUCACUGCAGGAUGGAUUAAACCUUAUAUGAAUUUGGUGUUUUUCUCUUUAUCCAAUUCGAAAUUGGAACUUUUUCUCAAAUAUCUCGUAUUACUUUCAUCUGAAUUAUUGUUGUCACUCCUUUCAAAAACUGGAUCAUCUAUUAAUGUUACCUUCGGGCCAAAAGAUGCACCCAAAAUUUGAAUCUAUUUUUCCCGGUAAAAAGGGCGUAAAUCAUUUUAUCGCCAUUUCAACGUUCUUUCUAGAGUUUGUAAAAAAAAGUUGCAUAUACAUAUAAAUUCAGAAACAGUUUUGUUUUUAAAUAACUGUGACGAUAGUUUAAUUUAUUUAUAGUUUAUUUAUUUAAAACACUGUUUACAAUUUAUUUAUGACGUACUAUUUAAUUUAUCUAAUACUUAGACACUGACUAACAAUUCUAAUUUAUUUAUUACAAUUUAACUUUUCAUUCCAAUACUCUGUACUAAACUAUAUACAACUGACUUCCGUCUUCGUACUCGCGAUAUUUAUAUCAAGCCAACUCUGUAACCAUAAUACUCUAGACGGUGUAGAAUAUCCUAUUCCAUCUCUAUGAAUCAACGUUACGUACCUACCGCGUCGAGAAGCGUCUGAUUGUCUCUAUAUUGCCAGCGCGCCGCUAGAUUCCAUAUCGCGGGAGUAAACAACGGACAGGGUAGGCUUUCGCGCGACAUUGUCCCGUCCUUAAGAAAUAGUUCCUCCUGUAACUAAAACUGAAUGAUUGUACCUGCAACUGGAUUCUCUUACAAUUUCCGGUUGCGUGGAAGUAACAAGGGACUGUCUUCUCUGUAACCUGGACACUGGGCGAAUGGUCCAGCAAUAUCUAGGCCGAUACUCUCAAAUGGGCUACCAACGUUGUACUGCUUCAUGGGAGCCUUCCAUUUUCGCUGAGGUCCAUUACUCAUAGCACAGCUGGUACAUUUCUUACACCAGUCCUUUACAUCAUCGGAACUAUUCAUCCAAUAAAACCUUUCACGAACUCUCUGAAGGGUUUUCCUAAUACCGAGAUGUCCUCCUGAUGGACUGUCAUGUAACUGACGAAGUACUUCGGAUACUCUACUCCUUGGAAUGACCAACUGUCUUCUGUUCUCGGAACCAUCAUCAUUUUCAAGUACUCGCUUUAAUAAGCCGUCUUCCAGGAUAAAGGAGUCCCACUGAGCCCAAUAUGAUUUAACUACUGGAGAGAGUUUCGAUACUUCUUGCCAAGUAGGUCGACGAUUUUCCUCUUUCCAUUCUCUUAUCUUCUUUAAAACGGGAUCGUUCUCUUGUUCUUCCCUAAGUUUGACAGGGACCCACUCAUCGCUGACAAUCGACGUUCUUCGUACUGUAACUUCUUUAACAGAUGUGGCCAACCCUUUUCCAUUCAGAGUUCCUUGACCAACACCUUCAUUGCACUUCUGAAGUUCCGCCAUGACAGGCGUUGCUUUCUCUACAGUUCCUUGCAACCGCCUUACUCUUAUGGUUUCACUACUUUUAGGCAACACCGCUCCUUCCUGUACUGCCACCGGCACAGUUUUUCGAUUCGUAGUGUUCUUUGGGUGUUUGCGCGAACUGCUUACUUUUCCCAUUUCACCGCAAUUCCAGCACCUAAUAGUCUUCGGUUGCUUCUUAAGAGUUUUUAUCAUGUGAAACAAUUGGUCCAAUUUAUUUCUCUGUUCUUCUUCUUUUACAGUCCUUGCUUCACUGUAUCCACCAGAAGACAGCGUAGCCGCUUCAUAUUCAAGAGCAGCGGACAAGACAUCGACCAAUGUUUUGUGACGGGCUAAACGAAGUGUUCUUUGCAUUUCAUGGUCACGAUGUCCAUCUACAAAUGCUUGAACAGCCAAACAUUCAAUCAUGUAUUCCGAAGCUGAUGGGUAGGUAAAUCGCACCAUCUUCGCAAUAUCUAAUUCGAAUUCUUGAAGGCUCUCGUCACGUUUCUGUUUGCGAUUCUUCAACCGUAAUCUAUACACCUGCUCCAAGUGUUCGUGACCAUAUCGCAUGUUGAGCCUUUUCUUCAGUUGUUCAAAAUCAUCAGUCUCUUCCACGGGUAUAGUCUGAAGGACAUCUAAAGCGUCUCCUCGAAGGGCGACUGUCAGAUUUACGCCUUUUCUCCUCCAGACCAUUCGUUUGCCCUGUUUAAGGUAGUUGGUCCAUGACAUCUUUCCGUCGACUCCACCUCAUGACACUUUAUUUCACCGUCCUUGGUCGGGUCUGAAUGUUCCAGUUCUUCUAUCUUCUUUUCCAUUUCCUUUAUUUUCUCCUCGGCGGAAGACAUUAUUUUCUCCUCAACGGAAGACAUCUUGUUUUCCACAUCAGCAGAGAUUUCAUUUUUUAGAGAAGACAAGAAAUUUCAUCUUUUAAAGAAGAGAUUUUGUUUUCCAAAUCGGAAGAAAUUUCGGUUUUUAAAGAAGAUAUGUCAGAAGAUACCUUUCCUUCUAAGGAAGUAAUGUCAGAAGAAGCUUUAGUUUUUAAGGAGGAGAUAUCAUUUUUUAUAGAAGAAACAUCAGCAGUAAUUUCAGUUUUCAUAGAAGAUAUUUAGGUUUUAAUAUCGGAAGAAAUUAUAGAAGCAUCAUCCGAAAAUAGAAACGUUUCCGGGUCCAAACCUUCGCUUUCCAUUGCUUCUUUAAGCCGUUCUGCCAGUUCUGCUUUCUUCCCUGUCGUCUCCAACUCGCGAUCUUCUAACUCCCGACGUAGCUCGGUCACUUUUAAAUCACACAAUCUUUUAGCCAUUAUUGUCCACUAUUUAUAGUUCCACUUCUAACACCAAUGUGACGAUAGUUUCAUUUAAUUAUAGUUUAUUUAUUUAAAACACACUAUUUACAAUUUAUUUAUGACGUACUAUUUAAUUUAUAUAAUACUUAGACACUGACUAACAAUUCUAAUUUAUUUAUUACAAUUUAACUUUUCAUUCCAAUACUCUGUACUAAACUAAAUUAUAUACAACUGACUUCCGUCUUCGUACUCACGAUAUUUAUAUCAAGCCAACUCUGUAACCAGAAUACUCUAGACGGUGUGGAAUAUCCUAGACUUCCAUCUCUAUGACUCAACGUCACGUACCUACCACGUCGAGAAGCGUCUGAUUGUCUGUAUAUUACCAGCGCGCCGCUAGACUCCAUACCGCGGGAGUAAACAACAGACAGCGUAGGCUUCCGUGCGACAUUGUCCCCUCCUUAAGAAAUAGUUCCUCCUGGAACUAAAACUGAAUGAUUGUACCUGCAACUGGAUUCUCUUACAAUUUCCGGUUGCGUGGAAGUAACAAGGGACUGUCUUCGCUGUAACCUGGACACUUUCGCGCGACAUAACGUCCAGUUCUUGUGCUCCAUCCGAAUCUAAUGAAGAAAAAGCUGCAAAUACCUUAAAUGAGGAAAGUAUAGAGAUACUGAUUUUUUUUAACCUCGAGUUCUCGACCGAUCCUCUGAAUAUAUUUUCACCCCUUCUAUGGUGUCUGUCUGCAUCCAUGAUAACUCCAAAACACAUAAAGAGAAAAACAUCAAAGAUAUUCGAGGAAAAGUGCAGAAUUCGAAUUUUUUCAAUUGAAGAUAUAAAAAAUGUUUCAAAUAAAAUGGGUAAAAUUUUCAUUUUUAAUUUGUAUUAUAAGCAAUUUAAAUUAGAUGGCUCCUGCUGAAAGGUCUGUACAGAACGCUAGCACAAAUUUAUUAAAAUAUGAGGAUCUAGCCCAAUUUACCUUAGUCAAAAAAGUUGAUAGUUUCCAAAUUACAGGGUGACAGUUAUAUAAUUUUUUUAUACUUUUCUUGAUAACAGCAUGAUUUGCACGAAAUUUUGUAAUAGGGGUUUUUUGGGGUGUGACAUUAAAAUCUGCAUAUAGUUUUGAUGCAAACUGUAGAAGGCGCCACCAGAAGCACUUUGCCUGCUUCUAAAGCAACUUUUCGACUUAUUCAAUAUAAUAAUAAUAAUAAUAUAAUAAUAAUAAUGUUUAUUCAAAAAGAAAUAGUGUUUUACA